GGGACGACUUAGCGCGACGCACAAGGGAAGGAGGCUAUAUAAAGGGCUUGGCUCCCGCUGCUGAGUCUCUCAGCUUCGGGUCCAACGGCAGCAGCGUCUCUCAGGUUUCACUGCGUCAAGAGCGGCGCCGCCAACGUUUUUAAACCCAUAGAAGAAGGGGAACAACCGGAGGAGAAUCAAAAUGUCUGACGAAGGGAAGCUUUUCGUCGGCGGUCUGAGCUUCAGCACGGACGAGCAGUCGCUGGAGGAGGUUUUCUCCGAGUACGGGCAGAUCAGCGAGGUGCGGGUCAUCAAGGACCGCGACACGCAGCACAGCCGCGGCUUCGGCUUCAUCACCUUCGAGAAUCCCGACGAUGCCAAGGACGCGCUGCUCGCCAUGAACGGCAAGUCCAUCGAUGGCCGACAGAUCCGCGUGGACCAGGCCGAGAAGAAGUCGUCGGCCGGCGUUGGCAGAGGGCGGGGAGGCGGUGGCUAUGGCUACGGAGGCUACCAGCAGUAUGGCAGCGGCGGCGGCGGUGGCGGCUAUGGCCAGAGGAGUCGGGGCGGCGGCGGCGUUAACUGGGAUCGAAACGCUUACGAUCGUUACAACCGAUAAACUGGUUCCUUUUCCCUCCCAGGCUCGGAAAGAUAAUCGUCCUUUUGGCGUUUUUUCUCUCUCUCUCUCCACCAUUGCCCCAUUGUAACGAGAUAAGGUUUUUUGCAGCGAACGCCGUCUGUCUGUCUUCUGGAUUCAAUAUGUCGCAGAGACUCACUUUCUUAUUCUAGAAAUGAGGGGAAAUAAAUGCUCUUCACUCUCGUGGUUUUGUUUAAUGUAGGAUUUUUCCAUUGCGCCUCUUUAGUUUCAUUUUAAUUUGUCAACUCGUUUCUUUGAAAUAUAACCCAUUGGGGAGAGGGAAGGGAAGCACUGAUUUAUUGUGAGUGUAAAAAGCUGGAGAUCGAGCUUAAAAGCCUUUGCCUUCCCCAUCUCCCCACUGCCCUUUUUGUAAGGUUUAUUGGGUUCAUCGACCCAUUUGAUGUGUUAAAUUCCAGCCCUUGGGAAGGCUUCGGUUUGAAACCCUCUUCCCUCCCGUGACUUUUUGUUUUACCACAUUCCUUUUUGACUAAGACUGACCGGAUAGUUUGUUUUACAUGGUAAAGUUACUGUACCAAUAAAUUGAGAGAAAUUAAAUUGCAUUUGUUACUGUACGUUUUUGCAUUGCACAUUUUCACCUGUACCCCCUCCCCAUAGGUUGUUGGCCCUGUCCCGUGUUGGACUCCAGUUGAAAUUGGACAGAAAUGCUUGUUCAAUGCUGCUGUGUAGAUUCGUCCCAAACCAUUCGUUCCUCUCCUCCGUGGGCUCAGGGACUCGACUUCGGGAGAGCGAGAGAAAGGCCUCUUUGCUUUUCCCCACGUGGCUCUGAUGGAGAUGGCGAGCUCCCCGUGUGGAGAACCGCCAACGCAGUCAGUAUUGAGCAGCGGCGACAUUUUAUUUUGCAACUGCGUUGGGAACACUUCACCUUUUCACCGCCAGGCAGCCUGGUCGGGUGGAUCCUCGUUUAACUUAAGAAUUUCCAUCCUUUUUGCCUUUUUUUAAAACUACAUCCCAGUUUUCUCGAUGGAAAACCGACAUUCAGUAAUCGUUCGUGCCUGUCAAUUAACUUAAUGAAAUGGGAACACUAGUCGAUGUUUUUGUGUAGCGUGCAAACCUGUAUAGCCUUGCAGUAUAUGCAUUGAUUGCUCAAAAUAGGACUGCAUUUUCAAUGUCUCCGGUAUUUAUACCUGCAUCUGUUGUGUAUAUAUGCUGAUCCAGGAGAUUUUUGGCAAUAGAAUUAACAGUUGCAGAAUUUGAGGUGUUGACCCUAACUCUCUAAGGGGUGGCUGGCAUGAUUAUUUAUCAGAUGUACUUUUUUCACCGAAACCGGUAAAAAUACUGUGGCUAAUGUUGACAAUUUAAUUCUCGUUUAUGAUCGGCCUUCGUUGUAAGAAACACCCCCUUUGGUACAUUAUAAACGUGCCUUCCUCGAUCCACUUUGGAAGUGUAUGUUACAAUGUUGUUAUUUUUGAACUGGUGACUACUUUGUGAUUUGAAGAUGACAAAUAUUUGCAGUAAGACAGACGCAUGUAGAGAAUAAGGUGACUGUGCCGUGCCAUCCCGCUUAGACAAGUAUUGUGAAACGAAGCUUUGUAAAGACAAGAUUCUGGUGGUGUAUUAAGCUAGUGUUGAAGUAUUGCUGUUUUAUUUUUUGAGAGUUUUAUACUGGUAGAAAGUUGACAAACCAUUUCUUAUUCAUUUUGAAUUUUCACAAGCUAGCACGGAAUGUUUUUGUACAAAAACUUGCCAAUCUGGAGACUGAUCCCUGCCUAAUGGAAACAAAUAAAAUUUGCAGUGCUUUA